UCAAUCUUUAGCUUCUUGACUCAGAAGUUAAAUAAUAAAAAGUUUAUAAAAUAUAAUUAGCAAGUGCAAUUAGCUGGAAUAUACAAUAGUAAAUUAAAUAGAGAUGUUACUUGUUCAAGAACUGAAACUAAACUGACGACUGACCCCCUGAGUCUCGGUAUAAAAAUUAAAAAUUCAUUAAAUCUUUGAUGUCGUCUACGGUAUAAUUUAAUUAAUAAUAGGAAUGAACAAACGAUAGAAGCUUUUAUUUUAACUUCGAUCGUAUAGAGAAAUAAAAGUACUAAAGAAUAUUCCGAUCAUAGUAAAUUACAGAGUAUUACAUUUUGUGCAGUUUCUUUAGAUCUUGAACGCUUUGAUUCUUUUUUUUAUGUUUUUCAUUGUAAUUCAAAAGUAAGAAAAAAUAAGAAUUCGAUAAAAAAAUAUUUAAUGACAGAAUGAAAUUUCUUUGUCGUUUGAUAUAAAAUAAAAAAUUACUAGCCCCUGAUGACUAGAUUGCCAGAACAGGACGUUGAUAGUCACUUUGCUGUCAAGACAACGCGAUUUUUUAUGCGCAUGAUCGGCAUGUGGCAUGUUGAAAAAUAUCGCGACAAAGUUAUAGGAAAUAUUGGACUUGCUGUCUUUACUUUAAUAAUGAUUACUGUCGGUAUCAUCCAGUGCAUGGAAGUUUAUUAUCGCUUAGACGAUUUGGCAGAAUUAACAACAACUAUGCCGCUAGCAGCUGUUGGAAUGACAGAAUUAUUUAAAUUCACGGGAUUCCUAAUCAGACGAAAUGAAAUAAUUCAACUUAAUGCUUAUACGGAAAAUAAAUUUUGGAAAAUAAAAUAUAAUGAUCGUGAUAUCAAGGUUUUAAAUGAUUGUAAUAGAUUGAUAAUGUCUUUUUAUCCGAUUUUCAUUGGUAUUGUUUAUACUAUACCUACUCAGUACACAUUGCUUCCAAUUCGAGAAUAUAUUUUGUCAAAUGGUACAGUCAGAAUAUUACCUUAUAGACUCUACUUUGGUGUUGAUUGGAUGAAAAAUCCAUUAUAUACAGUAGCAUAUAUUGAAGAGAUAUUUGCUGGUUAUGGUGUAUCAUUAUGUGCAAUGGCGACAACAAGUUUUCUCUUCACGAUAAAUAUUUAUGCUGCUGGUCAAUUUAGAAUACUGCAAAAUCAAUUUACUGAAUUUUGUUCAGAUAUCACUAUUUUUAAUAAUAAUUUUCGAUUAUCUGAAAUUCAUAUAAAAUUAAAACAAUUAAUUGGAAAACAUCAGUUGUUGCUGAAUUAUAUAUCUAGAAUUGAGAAUCUUUAUAAUUAUUUUCUUCUUUUGCAAUCAUUUGGAAUUGUUUUGGCUAUGUGUUUCGGUGGGUUCGGAGUACUUAUGAGUUUAGGAAAAAAUGUAAAUUUAGUUGUGGCUAAUGCAUUAUUUGUCAUUGGAUGUGCAAUACAAUUAUAUUUAUUUUCAUUAUCAUGCCAAGUGAUAAUUGACGAGAGCGCAGCGAUUCAAGAAGCAAUUUACAGUGCUAAUUGGUACAGCAUUUUUCAUACAUUAGAGGGUAAAAAAAUUUGCCGAUCUUUACAGAUAAUAAUGAUCAGAUGUUUAAGACCAUGCAAACUCACUGUUGGAAAAUUUACUCCAAUGUCUCUACAGACUUUUGCAUCGGUAUUAAAAACAUCAUUAUCUUAUUUUACGGUCCUCCGAUCAUCAAAUCAAGAUUAAACAUAAUUCCACUGAUCGUUAAUUUUUAGUAUUUCAAAAAUUUUUAAUUUUAAAAAAGAUAAAGAAGUAAACCUAGUUCAAAUAAAUAAGCAGUUACUACUAAUUUUAUUUAAGUAAAUACUUUAGGUCUGACUCGUAAGGGAGCUUCUAUUAAACUGAAAAACACUUUCUCCUUCCUUUAAAAAAUAUAUGAAAAUUUUUUUGGUAUCGUAGUGUUCAUGUACUUUUC